ACUGGCGCCGUGGUUAAAAACAAAGCCGCGACGGUGCACUUCAAAGUGAAAGGACGUUAAACGAAAACACGAGAAGCUUCUAAAUGUUGGAAAUAAGUGUGUAGUUAGCUACUGCUAACCUUAAAACCGCGCCAUGGAGCUAGCAUCACUUAUUAAAAAGCUCGCUCACUCGUUAGUGGAGAUCCGAGUUCGUUCCCUGAGGAACAUUGUCUCCAAGCUUCAGCUCAGUCUCAUCUACCCGGCUGAUCUCGUUCAGGAGAGACAGCUCUUCAUCAACCUGCUGCACUGGUUUAACUUCCCCGAAGUCCCGCUGCAGGAAGACGUGCUGCAGCUCAUUAACACACUCGCUAUGCAUCCAACCGGUGCACAUAUGUUAAGAGACGUAGGAGCAGUGGACUUCCUAACCCAGCUCUCGUCCAACAUUGACCCCCAGCUUCGAGGCAUCACAGAGACGAUUCUUGACCAGCUCUUCCACCUUCACACUCACCCAGCGGACACUUCCUCCGACCAGCAACCGAGCUCUUCUUUUCAGCCCAUGGAGGAGAUGUCACUUAGAGGAUAUUUCCAGCAAAAUGCGUCGAGGCCAACAGAUGCCGCACCAACGCCCAGCGUGUCAGUGAACACUUCUGUAAGAUGCUUAACGUUUUCAGUCUUCCCUUGGUUGUCUUUGACUGCAACUGACAGACAUAUUUUAUCGUCAAAUGAAAGUUCUUUAAGAAGCGGAAAUCCAGACUUGGUACGGACCACCUGCGAGCUUCUGCGAGACGUCAUUAUGCAGGAUUUUCCAGCAGAAAUAUUCCUGCAGCGGCCAAGUAUAGUGCAGAAUCUGAUGCAGCUUCUCAGUGUGAGCCCAGAGAAUGAUUCCACCUCGCUGGCUCUCCACGCUCUGGCCUGCCUUCAGCAGCUCUGUGGAAGCUUGAAAAGUCGGCUGCGUUUUCACAGAGAUCCCAGCUUCUGCUCAGCCAAGCACGAUCCACUCUCUCAGAACUCUUCAACAUCGUAUCCUCAGGAGGUAAGAGGGACCCAAAGGUCAGGGGUUUCGACUCCAGAAGACUUAUCCCCCCGCCCUUCUGUUCUAGGACGACCUGUGAUGAGAGUCCGAGGGGACGGACAGGACGGCGAUGCUGCCUCUACCAGCAGUAGCAGCAGCAGCUCUCAGAGAGAAUUUCCCCUCGGGCCCAACCUGGAGCCGGAGGGUGAGGAUCCGCCGGAGCUCCGGCUGCAGCAGUGGAACAUGGCCAGAUUUUGUAUGGAGACCCUACAGCACACACUUCCUCUCCUCGGGACAGAGAAGAUGAAGGUUUUCCAGAAGACGCUGGAACUGCUGUCGGAUAUCCUCGCGUUGCUGAGGGUCAUCGUGUCCCCGAAUGAGCUCUGGGACGAGUGCAGCAUCACCGCCAACGAACUGAGAGAGAAGCUGCGGGUGUGUAUAGAAAAGCUUGGAGACAUCAUGUGCCAUCACCGUCACGUGGCAUCGUCAGAGCAACCUGACUCAACUCUGAUUCACCAUCGCAUGUCCUACAUGGGGACUUCUGUCUUCACCAUUCGCCUUCUGCAAACACUCCUACCUGUGGAGAAGGCGAGUGAAAACGUCCCUGAGGGUACGACGUUCGCCAUUUUCCAUCUCUGUCUGGAUUUCCCCUUCAGUCUUGCGUUUCCCAGCAUCCACGAGUCAGCCGUGGCCUACCUGGAGCAGUCAAACACCGAAAACCAUGCCCUGUACCGCAGAGUUAGUCAAGCUGCUAACAUGAUGGAGGCUACUUGUUCCUUCCUAAAAGAUGUUCGGGCUGAGGGAGAAAAGAAUUGGCUGGAGCUGCUGGAACUCGCUGGCCAAGCUGUAGAUGGCUUUCCCUACCAUCAGCACCUACCUCUCAUUAAGGAAUUCAUCAACAUCUGCUCCUUCUUGUGGAAAUCUGCUCAGGCAAGCCCACUGCUUCAAAUGGAAAGCCAGAAGAUUCUUCUAAAGCUAUUAUCACAUCCUUUGCUGCCAGUGAAGGCUGAGACGUACGCACGCAUUUUGGAGGUGGUCAAGGAGUGUUUGGGGGUUCAUAAUGUGUCCAGACAAGCUUCUUCGAUCUGCACCGGCGUGCAUUUCAUAUUCCACCCCCGUGUCCUUUAUGAAAUCAGUGCCUUCGGCCUUAACGACCAGACAAAAGAGGUGAAUUCAGCUGCCAAGGAUCUUCUUCUGUACCUGCUAAAGGGACGAUUGAUGAUGACUGCUUCGAGUUGGAGUAAAUUUAAUGAAGCCCUUUACCCGGUUAUUCCCGUACUGCAGAGUCAUGCAGGCACAGAGGAUGCCCUGGGAACCAGCAUCCUGCUGAUAAGUGGGCUCUCGGAUGAGAUUGGAGGCACAGCCCAUACCUCAGGAACUCGACUCUCUGCCAUAAUCAGACUGCUCUUCUCCAAACAGCAUGUGGUAAGAAACAAAGCAGCUCAAUACCUGUCAUCUCAUUUGGCCAAUUCAGAAGACAACAAGGCGUCCCAGCCUGAAGUGGACAACUCAAUUCUGUCAUCACUGCCAUCUCUUUUUGUCACUGACAAAUGUGUGGACAUCAGACUAGGCGACUCCAAGAAGUCUUAUCUUAAGGUGGAGUGUGUGAAUAAGCUAUACAGUAUCUUUACCUCAGAAACGGUGGAUAUGGUCCUGCGCAAAUCUGCAGCCGAGCAGCUGGUGGUUGUUUUGCAGGAUGCUGCAAUGCACACAGUACUGAAGACACAGGGACUGACGGACAAACUCGUGUCUUUGAUUACAGAGAGUGUGAACAUCAGUGGAGGGUCUGUCGCGUGCCUGUCCGAGCCGGGUGUUACGAUGCUGAGGAAGUUAGUAUACGAAGAUCCGUCACUGCGUCACACACUAGCUCAGCAACCGGCUUUUCUCCUCACACUGGUCCGAGCCUCGCUGCUUAUGAAGGCCAAUCAGAGAGAUGUGACCGAAGCCGCAGCACUGAUGUGUUUCCUGCUUUUUGAUGAGAUUGCAACAGUAGAUGUGUGCACUGGGAAAGAUGACACGGGUACAGCUUUUACUCCAUUCUCAUUGCCCCUCUGCAUUAUCAGAAGGUAUAAUCUGCCUUUUCGCGCUGCGUCUCACCACGCCGUAAGUCCCAGCUGCACCGUACUGCCUCCUUAUACUGAUCUGAUGGGUCGGAGAGCUGCCAAAGAGGCGCUGAGCAUUAGCUGGAACAGAGCCUGGCACUGCGGCACCGACACUCUGCUCUCACACAGGAGAGACAACACCACUCACACACCUGAGUUUCAUGCAGAUCUGGUGAUGUCAGAGUCUCUGGUCAUGUCAGUGCGAGUGUGUGAUCUGAAAGCGGGGCUUCAAGAGUGUGUUCAUGCCAUUCGCACAGCCGGAUCGCACGCCGGCGUCACCAACGCUGUGACCAGAAUACACCUUUAUCUCCUGACCGAUCAGCUAGCUCUUAAACAUGACGCACACGCUGCCAAGAGCACACUGCAGAAACUCAGCUGGCAUGGCGCUCUAGAGAGAUUUCUCCAGGUAAAGCCUGCUUGUCCCGAGGACGAGACGCUGCUAGGUGAUGUCUUGUCGUUCCUGAACACUUUCUUCAAGCGAUCUCAGGCUGAUUCUGAUGAUCAAGAUCUGAAAUGGCUUCUAGAAUUACUCCUGAAACAGGACAAACAUGUCCUGCUGGACCUGCUGCUAGAAGUGAAGACGCACGGGGACCCUCAGAAAGACACCGCGAUUCAACGCUGCGGACAUCAACUGCAGAGAGAGCUGAUCUCGCUGUUCAACACACUACUGCUGAGGCUCACACACACCUCCGACAGGAUGUGUACGCUGCUCGCCGGGCCAUUUGCUUCCGAGUUUGCUGUCCGUCUGCUGCAGUGUCUUCGUGUUUCAGAUGCCCCACGUUUUUACGGCCUCCCCUCUCUGGAGCGUUCUGUACGCAGCAUGACAUACACCACCGCUCUGCCCGGCUGGAGCACUCACACGAGCAGCAUGGAGCCACACGCACUCUGCCGGAAAUAUCUCAGCGGCCUACUUGAGGUAAUUUCCUCUUUUUACGUGGAGUGGGGAGGAAAUGCCAUGUCCUUUAUGGGAAAAGGAGUGACCAAAAAUGCAGUGAUCUCUCUGCUUCAUCUUUCCCAUGAGAUAAUGUCUGAGAGCAAGCAGGAGGACUGGAUGUCUCUGUGGUCUCUGGGGCCUGAACAGAGUGCUGAUGAUCCGAGUUCUGCUCAGUUUGGCCUCGCUUGGUUAAUCCCACUGUGGGUGGAUCGCGACCCCGAGGUACGCUGUGCCAGCCUGGCGCUGGGCGCGGCUCUCUCUUCGUUAGAAAGCGGCUGUGUGAUGUUGUCGAAUAGCUGCCAGAACAUCUCAGGCGGUUUGUGGGCGACGCUGCUCAACAUCUUGCUGGAGAGACAGGAGUGCAGCAUGGUGCGCAGAGAGGCAGCGUUUCUUCUACAAAACCUGCUGGUGAUGCCGAUGCCUGCCAACACCGAGGAGGCCCGAGACUGCUUCUGGCAGAGCCCAUGUGUUCAUGAUGAAGGAUCUGGCGUGUCACUCGUGGGUCUCCCGGCCCUGCAGGCUCUCCUCUAUCACUGCCAUUUCUUUGAUCAUGUGACUCAGAUGGUGAGGAGCUGCUACUCGUCUCGAUACACUCCCACGCCCCCCUGGUCGGUCGGCGCCGCCGCUGAUAAGUCCGGUAGGCACUGGAGAGACGGCUCAGCUGUGUUGAAUCACACACACGGCUCAGACUCCAUUUCCACCUCCAGCACCUUGCUCCUGAGUGACACUCGUUCUCCCGUCGUCUGCUCCUUCUCCGGAGCGGCACAGGAGCCUUCGUUCAACAGACUUGGCACACAAGGUCAGAGUGACUCAGACAGCUCCGAAUCACUUCUUCCUCAGGAGUGUGUAGGAGGAUCAGAGUGCAUCUCUGUAGUAACCCCUCACCUACUGUCAGCUGUGUGUGGAUUACUAACCAACCUGCUGUGUGUGCUGCCUGAGUUUACACACACAGCGCUCAGAGAGAACCACGUCCUGCAGGGCCUGCUGAGUGUGCUGGAUGCAGUGGAGCUGGAGCGAUGUCUGACUGAGCUUAACACACCUGAUUUACCUUCUUCUGAUGUGGAGGACGCCAGGAGCCAGGUGUUGAGUAGUGUGUAUUAUGUACGGAGUGUGUGCAAGCUGGUACAGGCUGAUGUUGUGCUCAGUGAGGAUUGUCUCUCCCAGUCAGAGCUCAUUAGACCUCUGCUGAAUAACCUCAUCUCCAUCCUCAUGCUCUCACACACACACCUCGAUAUGCAUACCCAGAAUGCAUUACUGCACACCUGGACAGAUGUGUUUACGCUGCUGGCGAGUCUCCUGCGCAGGAACUACCCCGCAUGUGGCCCACUUGUGUGCGGGACUCUGGGGAAACGCUGGCAGCACUUCUCAGAAACCAUCCGUGCAUGUGUGGACCAAUCUGGUUCGGAUUCAUCGCUGUAUACUGUGGCUGCACAAUUCCUGUGUGUUUUGUUUUCUGAAGAGGCGAAGAAGAGAGGGACGAGUGAAGAGAAAUCGGCUCCUCUGACUGCUGCUCUGAAUUCCGAAUCAGGAGAGAAACUGUGCGAAUUGCUGCUGGAGAGAUAUGACAAAACCCAGUUCCAGGAUCCUCUUAAGAAGGUCACAGCGAAAGUCCUGAUGCCCCUCCUAGCCUGCAGCUCCAGCGCUCAGAGUUAUGCGUGCAAAGCGGGUCUUAUCGACAGCUGUGUGGAACAGAUGAAACAGAUCCACUCUCAGCUUCACCUGGAGUCUGUAAGACCAGGCAAAACCGCACACAGGAAAAAGGAGGAGAACACAAUAAAGGAGCUUAGGAUGGUGUUGGAGAUCCUGCGGAAUUGUCUCUAUCAACAUAAAGAUUGUAAAGAAGUAGCAACAGAUUUAAAACUUUCCUCUGUGGUGUUGUCUCUUUGGCCGUGGCUCCUCCUUACCGACUUCAGCAUGAAUGCAGCAUUAGAACUGCUCUGUGUGUACACAGCCAACUGCACCGCAGCAUGCAGCGCUGUAUGUGGUAGUUCAGCUCACGCUGCUUUACCUAGAAAUCCUGUCACGAACUCUCUGAUGCACGCGGUGAUGAAGCUGGCGUCGCAGGUUCCUCCUGAUAACAACACCAUCCACGCACUUUCUUUUUCUCUGCUCGCUAAUCUGUCCAUCUCCAGAGACUGCCGAUGCCUCCUACAGAAGAGCAACUUCCUGCAGCACUUUCUGUCUCUCCCGUUGCCUCGGGGGAGCAGUAAAAGUAGUAAAAACAGCACAGCAGCAGCCAUUCUGGCUCAGUGGCUCCAGCUGCUCCUGAACAUCUCUUUCGAAGAAGACGGUCAGCAGAUGAUCAUGAAGAUGCGAGGAGCUCUGGAGUUGUUGACGGAUCUGGCUCAGGGCAAACACGGAGAGAAAAAACACACAGCUCUGCUCAUCCUUCAUAACAUCUGCUUCUGCCCAGCGAACAAACCUCGAGUUCUUGCUUGUGAUAAAGCUGUAGACCUGCUCGUGUCAUGUUUGGAGAGCAGCUCAUUAAACACCCGUGCUCUCGGAGCUUCAGCACUGUGGGCUUUACUGCACAACAAUCAGAAGGCAAAGGUGACUCUGAAGUGCCCCUCUGUCAGACUGAAAGUGGAUGAAGCAUACACGCACGCUAAGACAGGUGCAGAACAGAAAACAGAAGAAAACACAAACACACAUUUACUGAAAUGUCUUGAACAUCUAAGCCACCUUUUAAACACAUAAGUUCCAUAAACAGUCUUUUAGUUUUAAUAAAUGUUAGUGCAAAAUUUGAUGGAAAAUGUACAUUCCUAUUUUUAUUUUUAAAAAAUUGUUUCUUAUUUCAACAUAUUUAAAUACAUUUGAUGCUAAUGUUAUUUAAAUCAUGGCUUCUCCAGUAUGAAAUAAAUUUUUAAUAGUGUUUCUGUUGACCCAGUCUGUUGCGUGUGAAUCCUAUUCAACACAUUACAAAGAAAAACACAUUACAAAGGAAACUAAAAUCUCAAACAAAGUGAAUGGGCA